GCUGCUGCGCUUGUUGUGUGAGUGAGUGAGUGGAGAGUGGAGGCGGUCGCAGCGAGGACUUCUCGCUCUGGACCGGUUCACGUAAGGUGAGCCCGCGACCCCAACUGAACUUGACGGAAGAAGCAACAAACAGGCUGGCGAUGACUUAUUGCUCUCUUCGACUAGGCAAGAGGCAGCACAAACGGAACUGAGACAGCGGCAGGGGGAAGUGGAAGUCGCCUAUAGCCCACAUUGUAAACUUUAAGGCUGCUUGGAGGAGUCGUAAAUUAUAUUUUCCCUUGGUGCGCAACAGUUAUAAUUUAGGCGGCUACACUGCUCAUUCCAUAUCAUGGAAGUCAUCUGGUAGCUGCGCGGGGAACGGAGGGAAAACGCCAGGCAGCCAAAGCGCAUAAACAAAGGAUCUGUUUAGGUGGUGGUAUUGUCACAUAAUUCGAAGCUCAGCCACAAUCACCAGCAUCCAUCACCACUCUACUCUACCAGCCCAAAGAAGACAGUUUGCAUCUUCCACCUCCACUAGCUGCAUGACAGGAGCUGCAUCCCAGAUGGUGCCUCCAGUGGGGAUGGGAGACCAGAGUAGCAGCAGCAGUGUGCUACGAGAGGUCGAAGGCCACAGCUCCUCCACCUCCCCUCUGAACAGGGGAGCACUGGAGUCUUCGGGAGGUGAAGCAGGAGGUGAAGGAGAAGGGCCCUUGUCCUUCACCGACGAGGCCGUGUCCAUCUUGACCUCCAGCAGCAUGCUCGUGCGCUCGCUCCUCGGCCGCUCCUCGGGACUCAAGCGCAGCAGGGGGGACGCCGCCUCCUCCUUCGCGGCGGACAGCCCCGGUCGCACCGACGACGCCAGCAGCGGCCCCAACAGCCCCAACAACAACAACGGCCUGCGCCGCAAGCGCGAGUUCAUCCCGGACGAGCGCAAGGACGACAGCUACUGGGACAAGCGCAAGAAGAACAACGAGGCGGCCAAGCGCUCGCGGGAGAAGCGGCGCGUCAACGACGUGGUGCUGGAGGGCCGCGUCAUGGCGCUGCUGGAGGAGAACGCGCGGCUGCGGGCCGAGCUGCUGGCGCUCAAGUUCCGCUUCGGCCUGGUGAAGGACCCUUGCGACGUGGUCCACGUCCACGUGGCGUCCCCGGCGCUGCCUGUCCAGAACACCACCACCAUCACCCCUCCUGCUGCUGCUGCUGCUCACGGGCAGAUGCCUGGUGCCACAGCAGCAGCUGGCUCUCAGAGAUACUACCCUCAUCACUACCCUCCCACAGCUGGACCCACUAUGCCACCACAGCACCACCACCACCAGCAGCACCACCCACACCACCCACACCCAGCAGCCCUGCCGCCCACCCACGCCCCACCCCAGGGAGGUGUGGCGACUGCUUACCUGGGCAGCACAGCGCGUGGUGGUGCGGGGGGGCGUGGUGGUGGUGGAGACAGCAGCAGUAGCACCUCUGAGGACUCCGGUUUCUCCACGCCGGGCAGCAGCUCCGGCAGCGUCGGGAGCCCGGUGUUCUUUGACCACACGUCAGCAGCCGACGCGACCGCCAAAGUGGCGUCCCCUCGCGGCGACGGUAUCGUGGCUGCCGACGAGCGAGGCUACGAGCCACAGCCACAGGUCUGCCCUCCAGUGUCCAGCGGGGUGGGUGGGGAGGUGUUGGGUGGAGGCCAUUGUCUGGGUGACCAGCAGGCCCGCAGAGAUGGAGCUAGCAGCAGCGGCAGUGAAGGGGAACUCAUCAAGAGUCUCCCUCAUAAACUGCGCUUCAAGACGGCAGGCGCUGUUGAGGGCUCUGAAACGCCCCCCAUGCAGGGGGAAUCCUGGCAGCAAGGCCCCCCAUCUUCAUCACCACCAAUAUCAUCAUCAUCGUUGUCGUCGUCCUCAGCUCCACUCAGGGACUCCACUGGCCGGGAGCAGCCGAGAGGUCACUACAUCUACGGUUCGUCUGAAAGCCACACCAUAUGGCAGCCACACCACCACCACCAGCCCCAACACCAUCAGCAUCCCCAGCCUCCCCAGCUCUGCACUUCACCAGCCGGGUACCACCACCACCACGGGCCUCCUCAACAGAGGCAGACCAUGGAGCACCAGCAGCAUCAGCACCAGCACCACCAGCAGCAGCAGCAGCAGGGAGAUAACAGUGCCCUGCGUUCCCAGCUCAGCUCGCUGACUGAGGAGGUGGCUCAGCUGAAGAAGCUCCUGUCCCAGGGCCUACUCUCCAAGCUCUCCUGAGCACCUGAGUGUCUGGUUUCAAGUCAUGAUCAACCUGGCCUCAGAAGCUGACCAUCAUGAACUGAACAUAUCAGUUCCAGGAAAUCUCCAGUCACUCUCUCCAGUCAUAACUCGCCAAUCAGGAUGCAGAUGAUCGGUAUUACAUACAGGUAUACCAUGGGCUAUUCAUCGUGGUGUGAGGAGAGAGGCAGAGGAUGGAUCCCCAUCACCAUCACCAACAUCACCAACAACAUCAGCAGCAGCAGGUGGAUCCUAGCCAGGCCAUGCCCUCCUAGUGACGCAACACUUUCAGCGUUGCAACUAGUCAGGUCAAGAGCAAUGCAAGUACUUUCUGAGUUCCCGAAAAACCGGGAACUCCUCCAAUCUUUGUCGGGAAGCAAACAAACAUUAGCAAACCAAGGGAGGCAGGUCAACCAUGCCAUCUGGGAAACGUUCAUUGUUGUGCUCUUGGUCAGACCAAGUCUCAAGGAGAUUUGAACAUCGAUGAUAAUCAGGCUAGGUGGAUCCUGCGUUCCCUCCCAACGCUCCUCUCCUCUCAGUGAGGAGAUGGCCCAACUGAAGAAGCUCCUCUCCCAGGGUGGGGACUACUCUCCAAGUUCUCCUCCUGCAGCCCCUUUAUGCUGUGGGGCUCUAGGGUACAUGAUGGGCAACUUGGAUUGGUCAACUUGGAGCUCAGUCCUGUUCAAUGUACAGUAAAUUUGCAGAGACCAAUAAUGUUAUGGUUAUUAUAAGAAAAACACACACGUGCACGCACGCACACACACACACACACACACACACACACACACACACACACACACACACACACACACACACACACACACACAAACCCGAACACACGAACAGACCCUCACAUCCACAGAGCUCCUGCCAUGCUUUCUGUCUCCAAGACAUUGUAUACAGCAGGUAAAUAAAAUCUGUACCAGCCUACAUGCUCGGGUAUAACGUGGGGAAUUCGAGGUAUUAAGACCACAAGUAGAGCUAGAGGACCAGAUGGAAGGCGCAGUACCUCUGCCGCUGCUGCUGGAUCCAGAUUGCCCAUCAGAGGAUCUGUGGUGGGCAGAGGUGUACAACAACGUCAAAGUAGAAGUACUCUCUUACAGUGUAUCUACCUCAUCAGGUACAGUGGAAUAAUAACUGGUGUGCAAACUAUGUACUAGAUAAGUGAUUCUCAAACUUUUGACCUCAGACCGAGGACCACUUUGUCCCCCAAAAAAUGUUCAGGGACCACCUGUCAACUGAAUUGACAGUUGACGAGUGCUAAUUCGACACUGUUCAUUUUGAUGCAGAUCACUUACUUUUUAUUCACAUUUACAAGCCUGUCUUAUUGUGGUGAAAAUAUGACUUCAGACAUGUUUGGCUUUGUAAUAAUGUUACAAAUAUAGCCUUCUGCUAGCUUGUCUUGGAAAAGAAGAAAUCCCCUUGCGGACCACCUGAGCUCUCCACACUUUGAGAAUCACUGUACUAGAUGUACUUAGUAUGUACUAAGAUCAUGUACUAGUUUUGUAAUUGCAUCAGUAAGUAAUACUUCUGCUUCUGUUUUAUACAUCUCUAGUGUUAGGUCCAUGUCUCAAAUCCCCACGGAUCAUUUCAGGGGAUUGGAAAAGACUUUUAUGAAAUUAGAUCAUUGAGGACAUUGCGCCUCGUUGGGGACAUUGUUCAUAUCGUUACUUCAGGUGAAUUUAUUUCAUUUUAUUAUGAUUCAGUGCUCCCAUGACACGUUUAAUGAUAGUGUUUGUAUUAGUGUUAUUACAUUCUCACUGUGAACUCUUCUAAAUGUGUUUUAGUCCCUUCCCGUGUCGCCCCCCGUCCACCUCCCACUGUCACCAAGCAGCUAAGCGUUUCAUAAAUCAGCUUUGUAAUAUUGUAAAUACAGUGCUCCAAACUUAAUCACCCUUGUACAUUACACUGUGAUCGUUUUUCAGUCUUGAUGUCUGCGUUGCACUGACUGUAACCAUGAGGUCCACCAAGCUUCCACCGCGGCUUUUAUGUUUUGUUUUUUUGUUGCCCUGCCAUCAAUACAGAAGCCAGGUUUGCCUUACUAAUUCUGUAUCACAACACUGCUUUACUUGGAAAGUAUUUUCUUUCACAUUUUUAGUAUAGUUCUGUUUUUGUUUUUUAUUAGCAAACCCAGGGAUACUGUACACAUUGUAUUGCUUUACAGAACAUGUUUGAGUAAAAAAGAAAGUUAUUUCCGUACGUACGCUUGUUCAUAAACCUCGUCAGUAUUUUCAGAAGCCUGAGAUGUCGUUGUGUGCACAGGAAAUCGUUCAGUGUUCAUUAGACACAGUCAGUGUUACUUCAACUCUCUAUGUGUUUAAUGAACACUCUGACAUUUUCUGUGGAUGGAGCACUCUCAGCCGAACAGGUUAGUUUGGGAACACUGUACCCUCCUCACAUAAAGACACAUUGCUGAAUUCACAACUCCUGCUAUUAUUUCUUAUCUGGAUUUCUGUGAAACACAGCUUACACACAAUUGUAGUGUAUAUUCAAACAGGUUCAACAGACCAUUUCUAUACUCUUUUGAUAAUAAUUAGUUUUGCUUGCAUAUUUAACACACAGUGUACUGUAAAUAGUAACAUUUUAUGUGGAUAUUUGAUUUGAAUAAAUGUAUGCUGUUCU